AUGAGUUUUAGUUGAAGCCAGAAGCUGCAUCUGGACUCUUUUCUCUCCAAACGUCAAGAAGAUGUUUCCAACGAUGCUGAAGAUAUUUCCAAUUCUAGCCACCCUUGCAGGUCGCGUCCACGGAGUUGUGGUGACCGUUCCUGAGAAGACGGUGAACGUCAAGACCGGCGGGAAUGCAACCCUUCUCUGCACCUACACGAGUUCUCAGCCGCUGGGAAACUUCUUCAUCCAGUGGAGCUUUUACAGCGCCAAAGAGAGCCAACUGCACACCAUCUACUAUUAUUCAGAAGGACAGUCUUAUUCCUACGGAGAGUUUAAGGACAGGAUCACAGCUUCGACAAGUCCAGGGAACGCAUCAAUAACGAUCUCCAACAUGCAGCCCUCAGACACUGGUUCCUACACCUGUGAAGUUUUCAGCCCCCAGGAUGAUGCUGGACAGAGUCAAAAAUCAGUGAUUGUCAACGUGCUGGUCAAACCCUCAAAGCCUUUCUGCAAAAUAGAAGGAACGCCUGAAAAAGGCCAUCUAAUCUACCUCUUAUGCAAGUGUGACCAAGGAUUGCCUCACCCCACCUACCGCUGGUACAAAGUAGAUGAGAACACCCUCACGCUGGUGACUGAACACUUCAAUCCAGACACUGGCAUUCUGUACAUUGGCAAUCUCACUACCUUUGAAACAGGACAUUACCGAUGCAUAGCCAGCAACAUCAUGGGGAACAGUACUUGUGAGCUCGACCUAACUUCAAUGCAUUCUGACGGUAAUAUUGUUGCUGGAGCAUUAAUUGGAGCAAUUCUGGCAGCUGUUAUCAUUUGUGCUAUCGUCUGGGUCUUAACCAAAAAGGCAAGGACAAAGAAGUCAUCAAGUAAUGAAAUGCAAGUAAUGGCUCAGAAACAUUCCAAUGCAGAGUAUGCUCAGGUACCUAAUGAAGAAAAUACACCUGCAACCACAGUUCUACCAAGCAAUGUGACAAGUGAGCAACCUAGUGCUGAUGAAGCAGCAGCGUCUGAAACACCAGAAAAUGAUGAGAAGCAUGAAAUGCAGCAAGAAGAAACAGCCUAAAGUUCAUUUUAAUACAGUUUUCCUCAUUGGCUUUGGAUCACAUUAUUA